AUGGCCCGACGGGGGCACAACCGGAAACAGGUGGGGACUCUGGACCUCAGACUGAUUUGGUUCAGGAGCUCUGGCCGCCUCCCAGCCCCGGAGCGGGGCCCGCUGGUGUCCCGGUCAGCCAGCAAGUCCUCCCGCCCAGGCCACCUGCAGCCCUCCCGCGCCCAGGGGAGCGGGGAAGGCCAGGGCCACAUCCUGCAGCGCUUCCCCGAGAGGGACUGGGAGGACAACCCGUUCCCCCAGGGCAUCGAGCUGUUCUGCCAGCCCAGCGGGUGGCAGCUGUGUCCUGAGCAGAACCCGCCGACCUUCUUCGUGGCCGUCCUCACCGACAUCAACUCGGAGCGGCACUACUGCGCCUGCCUGACCUUCUGGGAGCCCGCGGAGCCCGCGCAGUUGCAGAACAGCCUGGGGCUCAUCUACAGCAUCCACGCGGAGGGGCUGAGCGUGGGCCUGGAGAGCGUGGUGGGCAGCCUGCUCACGUGCACCGUCCCCCUGGCCGGGGGCUCACAGAGAACCAUCUCCCUGGGGGCGGGGGACCGGCAGGUCAUCCAGACCCCGCUGGCAGACUCUCUGCCCGUCAGCCGCUGCAGCGUGGCUCUGCUCUUCCGCCAGCUGGGCAUCACCAACGUGCUGUCGCUGUUCUGCGCCGCGCUCACGGAGCACAAGGUGCUCUUCCUGUCCCGGAGCUACCAGCGGCUGGCCGACGCCUGCCGGGGCCUGCUGGCCCUGCUCUUCCCCCUCGCGGCCUUCCUGGGCCAGCGCGGGCUGGUGGAGGACGACUUCCUGGUGAAGGUGCUGGAGGGCAUGGCCUUCGCGGGCUUCGUGUCGGAGCGCGGCGUCCCCUACCGCGCCACGGACCUGUUUGAUGAGCUGGUGGCCCACGAGGUGGCCCGGAUGCGGGCGGACGAGAGCCACCCCCAGCGGGUGCUGCGCCACGUCAGGGAGCUGGCGGAGCAGCUGUACAAGAACGAGAACCCGUACCCCGCCGUGGCCAUGCACAAGGUGCAGAGGCCCGGGGAGGCCGGUCACCUGCGGCGGGCGCCCCGGCCCUUUCCGCGCCUGGACGAGGGCACCGUGCAGUGGAUCGUGGACCAGGCCACCGCCAAGAUGCAGGGCGCGCCCCCCGCCGUGAAGGCCGAGAGGAAGACCACCGUGCCGGCGGGGCCCCCUAUGAGUAAGCUGGGCCCCGGCGUGACGCAGUUCGCGUACAGCUGCGUGCAGGAGCACCUGGUGUGGAGCACGCCGCAGUUCUGGGAGGCCAUGUUCUACGGCGACGUGCAGGCCCACAUCCGGGCCCUCUACCUGGAGCCCGCCGGGGGCUGCGAGCGCCCCCAGGACGGGGAGACGCCCGCGCGGGAGGACGCGCGCUCGGCCCUGGAAGUGGCGUCCGAGCAGCGGCGCCUGUGGCCCACGCUGAGCCGCGAGCAGCAGCAGGAGCUGGUGCAGAAGGAGGAGAGCACGGUGUUCAGCCAGGCCAUCCACUACGCCAACCGCAUGAGCUACCUGCUGCUGCCCCUGGACAGCAGCAAGAGCCGCCUGCUGCGGGAGCGCCCGGGCCUGGGCGACCUGGAGAUGGCGUUCGACGAGGAGGUGGGGUCCGAGGGCGCCGAGCUCUUCCACAAGCAGCUGCACAAGCUGCGCUUCCCGGCCGACCUCAGGGGCACCUUCGCGCUCUCGCUGGGCUCCGCCCACACGCCCGGCCGGCCGCCCCGCACAGCCAAGGACAAGGGGCCGUCCCUCAGGACCCUGUCCCGGAACCUAGUGAAGAACGCCAAGAAGACCAUCGGGCGGCAGCACGUCACCCGGAAGAAGUACACCCCGCCGGGCUGGGAGCCGCGCGGGCAGCCGCCCCCCGAGGACCAGGACGACGAGAUCUCAGUGUCGGAGGACCUGGAGCCCAGCACGCUGACGCCCUCGGCGGCCCUGAAGCCCGCGGACCGCGUGACCUUGAGCAGCCUGGUGGAGCGCGCCUGCUGCCGGGACUACCAGCGCCUGGGCCUGGGCACCCUGGGCAGCAGCCUGAGCCGCGCCCGCUCCGAGCCCUUCCGGGUCUCCCCGGCCAACCGCAUGUACGCCCUGUGCCGCAGGUCCCGGCGCGCGGGCCGAGCCCGGGGCCCUCCGUCUCACCCUGCCCUUGCCCACAGGCCCUUGACGGCCUCUGUCCCUCACGGUGGGCCCAUGGACACAGGCGCCAUGGCGGACGGUCGUGGGCGCUGGGCACCGCGUGGGGCUGCCCGGACCUGCUCGGGGCGGGCCUCUGCUGCCCUCCACUGCCGGCCGAUGUGGUCUGCCCCUGGGGUCCCUGACCGCUACCCCGGGCCUUCCCCCGGUGUGCCCCUCACAGCGGCCACCGUGUGCUGGGCCAGGGGCCAGCCAGUCCUCUCUGCGAUGGGCGGCUCCGAGGGUCUGGGGUGGGUUCCUCGGGCGCUGGCUGCCUCCUGGCACCACCAGCAGGCGUGGGCCGCUCUGGCCUGUGGCCGUGAGCUCUGGGCAGCUCAGCUGCUCGAGGGUCACAGCGUGGCCCCGCCAGGUCCUCGCCGGGCGGCUGCACUGCUGUCCUGCCUGUCCUCUGCAAGGCAGGAGCCAGGGGAGACUGGCUGCGUGCCCUGGGCCACUGGACAGUGCCUUGGGGACGGAGCCCGCGUGGCCGGACUAGAGGGGUCUCCCCGGAGAUGGCGGGCCUGCCCCGGGGGCAGCCGGGAACCCAGCCCUGCGCCCACCCAGGGCUACCCCGUGGGCACAGCGGGCUGGGCCGGCCUGAGCCUUCUCUCUGCUGUGCCCCCAGCGCCCAGCCCCCGAGCCAGGGUCACCACGCUGUCCGGCCCCAUGGCGGCCUCGGUCUGCAGACGGACCGCGCCCCGAGGGAAAUGGGGCAGCGUCCGGGCCAGUGGGCGCAGCGGUGGACUCGGUGCUGAUGUGGGCUCCCGGCUAGCCGGGCGGGACGCGCUGGGGCCGCCCCAGGCCAACGGGGCCCCGCCCGACCCAGGCUUCCUGCGACCCCAGCGAGCGGCCCUCUACAUCAUCGGGGACAAGGCCCAGCUCAAGGGCGCGCGGCCGGACCCCCUGCAGCAGUGGGAGCUGGUGCCCAUCGAGGUGUUCGAGGCGCGGCAGGUGAAGGCCAGCUUCAAGAAGCUGCUGAAGGCCUGCGUGCCCGGCUGCCCGCCGCCGGAGGUCGGCCCCCACACCUUCCUGUGCGCCCUGGAGGACUCUGAGUGGGGCCCCCCCAGCUCCCUGCUGGCGUCCAGCGUCCCCCACCACCGCCGCUCGCUGGGGGUGUACCUGCAGGAGGGGCCGGUGGGCUCCACCCUGAGCCUCAGCCUGGACAGCGACCAGAGCAGCGGCUCCACAGCCUCGGGGCCCCGGCAGGCCGCUCGCCGCAGCACCAGCACCCUGUACAGCCAGUUCCAGACGGCCGAGAGCGAGAACAGGUCCUACGAAGGGACGCUGUACAAGAAAGGGGCUUUCAUGAAGCCCUGGAAGGCCCGCUGGUUCGUGCUGGACAAGACCAAGCACCAGCUGCGCUACUAUGACCACCGCGUGGACACGGAGUGCAAGGGCAUCAUCGACCUGGCCGAGGUGGAGACUGUGAUGCCAGGCACCCCCACCAUGGGCGCCCCCAAGACCGUGGACGAGAAGGCCUUCUUCGACGUGAGCUGGCCGGCGGGGCGGGGCCGGGCCAGUGGCGCGGGUGGGCGGGUUGUCGGCUGA